GUGGUCAGGUAACUGGGCUGGGUUCCCACUAGGUGUGGUCUGGGAAGGCCGGGGCGGUGGCAAGGUGGAGGGCGGGGGUGACAGCAGCCCGGAGCCGCGGAGCCUCAGCUUCCGCCUGGACCCAGCCUCGUGGGAGCCCCGCGGGUCCUGCCCAGAUGUGGAAGACUGAGGCCUGUUGAAAGUGCAGAGCUCAGCCCUGGCACCCUGUGUUCCCAAGAGCUCCAUGCAGGUGCCACAGGAUGGAGAAGACCUUGCUGGCCAACCCUGGUACCACGGCCUCCUGUCCCGCCAGAAGGCUGAAGCUCUUCUUCAGCAAGAUGGCGACUUCCUGGUUCGCGCCUCUGGGUCCCGUGGGGGCAACCCCGUGAUCUCCUGCUGCUGGCGGGGCUCAGCCCUCCAUUUUGAGGUGUUCCGUGUGGCCCUGCGUCCCCGGCCAGGCCGACCCACAGCCCUCUUUCAACUGGAGGAUGAGCAAUUCCCCAGCAUACCGGCUCUGGUUCACAGUUACAUGACAGGCAGGCGCCCACUGUCCCAGGCCACAGGGGCUGUGGUCUCCAGGCCUGUGACUUGGCAGGGGCCUCUGCGACGCAGCUUUAGCGAGGACACCCUGAUGGAUGGCCCAGCUCGGAUAGAGCCUCUCAGGGCAAGGAAGUGGAGCAACAGUCAGCCUGCAGAUUUGGCACAUAUGGGGCGGUCAAGAGAAGACCCCCCUGGGAUGGAAGCCUCCACCAUGCCCAUAUCUGCCUUGCCCCGAACAAGCAGUGACCCGGUGUUGCUGAAGGCCCCUGCUCCUCUGGGAACUGUUGCCGACAGUCUCAGGGCCUCCGAUGGGCAGCUUCAAGCCAAGGCACCAACGAAGCCCCCCCGGACACCCUCCUUCGAACUGCCUGAUGCCUCUGAACGUCCCCCGACGUACUGCGAGCUGGUGCCCCGAGUGCCCAGUGUCCAGGGAACAUCCCCGAGCCAAAGCUGCCCAGAGCCAGAGGCCCCAUGGUGGGAGGCCGAGGAGGAUGAGGAGGAAGAGAAUAGAUGUUUUACGAGACCACAGGCUGAGAUCUCUUUCUGCCCCCAUGAUGCCCCCUCCUGCCUGCUGGGCCCCCAGAAUCGGCCCCUGGAACCCCAAGUCCUGCAUACCCUCCGUGGCCUGUUCCUGGAGCACCAUCCUGGGAGCACCGCCCUUCACCUGCUAUUGGUAGACUGCCAGGCCACAGGCCUCCUGGGAGUGACCAGGGAUCAGCGGGGCAACAUGGGAGUCUCAUCUGGCCUGGAGCUGCUCACUCUUCCCCAUGGACACCACUUGAGGUUGGAACUGCUGGAGAGGCAUCAGACACUGGCGCUGGCCGGGGCGCUGGCGGUGCUGGGCUGCUCGGGGCCGCUGGAGGAGCGCGCAGCCGCACUGAGGGGCCUGGUAGAGCUGGCGCUGGCGCUGCGGCCAGGGGCGGCGGGGGACCUGCCCGGGCUGGCUGCGGUCAUGGGCGCCCUGCUCAUGCCCCAGGUUCGUGGGGAGCAGGGACUGGAGGAAGCUGGAGUGCGGGUGACUGGGAAGACUGGAGAGGAGGCAUGCGCUGGUCUCUUCUCCCAGGUGUCCCGGUUGGAGCACACGUGGCGCCAGCUCCGAAGGAGCCACACGGAGGCUGCGCUGGCCUUUGAGCAGGAGCUGAAGCCGCUGAUGCGGGCUCUGGAUGAGGGCGCUGGACCCUGCGACCCCGGCGAGGUGGCGCUGCCGCACGUGGCACCCAUGGUGCGCCUACUGGAGGGCGAGGAAGUCGCGGGGCCGCUGGACGAGAGCUGUGAGCGGCUGUUGCGCACCCUGCACGGAGCGCGUCACAUGGUCCGGGACGCACCCAAAUUCCGCAAGGUGGCAGCCCAGCGCCUGCGAGGAUUCCGGCCUAACCCGGAGCUGAGGGAGGCCCUGACCACCGGCUUCGUGCGGAGGCUGCUCUGGGGUAGCCGGGGCGCGGGAGCUCCGCGCGCUGAACGCUUUGAGAAGUUCCAGCGCGUCCUCGGCGUCCUGUCGCAGCGCCUGGAGCCUGACCGCUGAGAGCGCAGACACCCUUCUUCACACCCGGGACCCCCAGGUUUUUGCAAACCCCAGAAGAGACCAAAGGAGUCGUCCCAGGCUCCUCAGGCCUCAGGUGGAAUCCUGCCCUGUGCCUCACAGAAGAGGUGGGGACCGCAGUCAGGGUCACCUGGGUCAUGGUGAACAUGUGACCUGCAGAUCUGGCAUCAGAGGCCAGAGUUCAAAUGUGACUCCACCUCUUAAAAGCCGUGAUUUCUAGCAGAUGACUUCACCUCUGUGUCUGCCUUUAACAAAAUCAUAGCCGUACAGCAGCUCAGGCCUGUAAUCUCAGCAAUUUGGGAGGCCGAGGCGGAAGGAAGGCUUGAGGCCAGGAGUUCAAGACCAGCCAGGGCAACAUGGUGAGACCUCAUCUCUACAAAAACUGAAAAAUAAAAAACUUUUUUAAAAUGUAAAA